AUGGAGAGAGAGUCGCGUUCGUUUGAGGAGGGCACCCGAGAGCUAACGCAAGCCUUUCCCAUCACACAGAGCCACAAGUCUUUCCGCACCAAGCAGAAGCUCGCCAAGGCGCAGAAGCAGAACCGCCCCAUCCCCCAAUGGAUCCGUCUGCGAACUGGUAACACCAUCAGAUACAACGCCAAGCGUAGGCACUGGCGCAAGACCCGUCUCGGCAUCUAA